GUAAUAUAGAAGGUCCGUGCCGUGUCCGUGAAAAGAAAGAGAAAGUGUGGUUCAAAGUUGUCCAUGUUCAAUUUGAUGACUUGCUUUUUGGCUUUCCCAACUUCUUACCAAAAAUACAAAUCAAAAUUGGCACACUGCAGGCUCUUCCCUAACCAUCUUAUUUUCAAUUUCCCCACAUACCUUUAUCGAGAAUUUACUGUCUUGCCAUGGAAUUUAACUCUGCUUCUCCAAAUACCAUUUCAGUUUUCUCCACUUUGGCUUCACCAUUUGACGAAAACAGUAAUUCUUCUACCAGAAAACCCCUUAGUUUGUGGCCUGGUAUGUAUCAUUCUCCUGUCACUAAUGCACUUUGGGAAACCAGGUCCAAAAUUUUUGAAAGACUUUUUGAUCCCCCACUUGAUGCUCCUCCACAAAGUGAAUUGCUUAACAAAACCCCGUCAGACAGCCGGACUUCAAUUCUUUAUAAUUUCUCAACUGAUUAUAUACUCAGAGAACAGUACAGGGACCCAUGGAAUGAGGUCAGAAUUGGCAAGUUGCUUGAGGAUCUCGAUGCUCUUGCUGGCACUAUUUCUGUCAAGCAUUGCUCGGACGUUGAUAGCAUGACUAGACCACUCUAUUUGGUGACUGCUUCUGUUGAUAGAAUGGUGCUGAAGAAGCCGAUCAGUGUUGACACUGAUCUGAAAAUGGUUGGUGCAGUCAUUUGGGUUGGCUUUUCUUCAAUUGAAAUUCAACUUGACGUUAUACAACCAGCAAAUGGGAACAGUGAUCCCUCAGAAUCAGUCGCUCUGACUGCAAACUUCAUUUUUGUUGCUCGUGAUUACAAGACAGGGAAAGCUGCUCCAGUGAAUCGAUUAUGUCCCAAGACAGAAGCAGAAAAACUGCUCUAUGAAGCAGCAGAAGCUAGAAAUAACCUUAGGAAAAGAAAGAGGGGGGGAGACAAAAAGGAGAUUGAAAAUGGGGGAGUUAACAGACUUGAAGAACUAUUAGCUGAAGGUAGAAUAUUCUGUGACAUGCCAGCCUUGGCAGAUCGGGACACCAUUCUUCUCAAAGAUACCCGCCUUGAGAAUUCCUUGAUUUGCCAGCCGCAGCAAAGAAAUAUUCAUGGUCGUAUCUUUGGGGGAUUCCUGAUGCUCAGAGCAUUUGAACUUGCAUUUUCGACAGUUUACGCUUUUGCCGGUCUGAUGCCAUCCUUCCUGGAGGUUGAUCAUGUUAAUUUCCUUAGACCUGUAGAUGUUGGAGACUUUUUGCGUUUCAAAUCAUGUGUACUUUACACUGAGCAUGAGUAUACCGAUCAGCCUCUGAUCAAUGUAGAAGUUGUUGCUCAUGUUACUAGGCCAGAGCAGAGGUCUAGUGAGGUAUCUAAUAGGUUCUACUUCACAUUUACUGUCCGUCCAGAGGCUGUCCCCACAAAUACUCAAUUCAGGAUCCGUAAAGUUGUCCCAGCUACAGAAGAAGAAGCUCGUCGGGUUCUGGAACGCAUGGAUGCUGAUCAUCUGCACUCAAUUUAGUGUAACAACAAAUAAACAUCUCUUGGAAAAAAACUAACCUAGUAUGUGGGAAGUCCAUACACAUUUAUUUAACUAUGAGACCAAAGACCUGAUUUAUCUACUAGAUUAGUUGUACGAUGAAUCACAGUUGAAAAGAGGCUUUAUGCUCAAGUUCCAUUGCAACCACCAAGAUUGUAUUGCCAAUUAUAGUCAUUUCUUGACCUAA